AUGGCGAAGACAUCAAAAAUCGUUCCUAAGAAGGAAAAAGCUUCUUCUUCGCGGCCGGCCGGCGAUAAAAAGCUGGUGGAGCCACGCAUCGAAGAGUGUGUUCCUGGGAAGCGUGACCUCACCUCUGACUUCAAGGUCGAUAAACCCUCAUCGGUGCCUGGUCACUGCCUCGUAGAUACUUCCGUCUUGAGGCCGCCCCCACCUGGGGAAGAGGAGGCCCCGAAACCGGCUAAGGAUAAGAAGAGAAAAAGGGUUUCGAUCUUCGAAACUCUGAAACCAAAGAAAAGCAAGGCUCAAGAAGAAGACGACAAAGACGGCGAUUUCAGGCUGGUGGCUCGAAGGAAGAGCGUCGAAGUCCCAAAGGCCGCUGAGCCGGCUGUGACCGAAGAAGUUCAGCCUCGGGCUGAGGAGGGCUUGGAAAAUGCCCCGAGCAGAGUCCCCCAGUCAGCGAGGGCUGAUGUUGCUUCCCACCGAGAUGCGUAA